GGGGUAUUUCAGGCUCCCUCCUCCAUUGCCACAUCUCACACGUCUUUCUCAUUAAACAUUUCCCCUUGACAGACAACAAACGAGAAUUGAUCACAGAUUUUAACUAUGUGAUGUUUCAAUGAGAAACUCGUUCUCAAAAAGUAUAAGUAAUUGAUGCUUCUUCAUCGAAAUACAACCAUUUCAUUGAUUCCUUUUUCAUACUCUUCAUACUCCCCAUACGCACAUCUAUUCCUGACACGCUCAAUUCUACAAUUGUGUGGAUCAUCAACUUCCUCUACCACUUCCUGUAAUCAGCAUUCCAAACUUCCUACAAAACCCCCUUUUAUCAAUCCAUUAUGCCUCGCGCCAAACGUACCGUUCAAGAGGUUGAGGAAGUCGAGGCAAUUGAUUGGAGUCGAUUGGUUGUGACUGAAUUGAAAGCUGAACUCGAGCGUCGUCAACUCCCAAAGACGGGCAAGAAAGCAGACUUGGUAGCACGUCUUAAAGCUGAUGAUGAUGAAUCAUUGAACAGUGAACCCAAAGCUCCUGUCAUUCAACCUUCUCCUGCUGAAGCUGGUCCUUCUACCACUUCUGAUGCACCACCAAAGAAGAAGAGAGCCAAGAAGGAAAAGAGUCCUGAUGUUGUGAUCGAAGGACAGCUUGCAUCUGACGUCGUCAUCUAUCAAAAUGUUGAUACUCGUAAUGGAGAGAGACGAGAGAGAGAAUUUGUUGCAGAGCCUGAUGCAAAGUUCAAGGAUAAGGUCAAGCGAAUCAAAAAGGAGCGUAUGUUCAUGUUGAACAGGCAGAAAAUUGUCGAUGCGAAUGGAAGAGCUCGUGAGGAAUUCGAUAUUGCUGGUAGUACCGGUAAUAUUUAUCAAACCAAAAUUGGACGCGUUCCAAGUUGUACCUGCAUGGAUGCAAGAAUCCGUGGUCAAAAAUGCAAGCACAUUAAUUAUGCCCUGAUCAUCAUUUACAAGGCGCCCAUGCAUCUUUGCUAUCAACAAGCAUUCUUAUCCCAUGAACUGGAGUUCAUCUGGGCCAACGCACCCGUCACUCGUGCACCUGACGGACACGACCCUAAUGCCGGUCCCGAAGAUGAGAGCAACUACAAUGGCAAACGCAAGCCCAUCGACGGCGAAUGUCCCAUCUGUGUCUUCGAUAUGGAACCUGACACCGAAGAGAUCGUCUGGUGUAAAGCAGCUUGUGGUCAGAAUUUCCACAAAGAUUGUUUUGCCCAAUGGAAAGCUAGUAAGCAUGGUGGAGCUGUGGCUUGUGUUUAUUGUCGUACUCCUUGGCAAGAUGAUGACGCACCUCCUAGACCUGUUCCCGGUAGUUUGGCUUCGCUAAAGGAAUCCGCACCCAAGGUGGGCAGUUAUAAGAACAUUGGUCACACUGAUAUGUAUUCUCAGGCUGUGUCUGGAAAGAAAAAGGGUUGAACGUUGCUUUAUGUCGCAUUUUCUUCCACAAUGAAAAGAUCAAAAUGUCAACUUUCUUGGAGAAGGUUGAUGAAUGCGUAAAUGCAUUCUUGCAGUAGCUAUGGGAAAGGCAAACUUCUGAUGGCUGGAAAAAAAAAAGAGGACAAAUGUAUCGCUGGGUUUUACUAUAGGGUUUCCAGCACAUAAAACACGAUGUUACGAAUUUCUUUCUCACAAUUUACAACCCAAGGAGGCAGGGGGGAGAUGUAAUAUAUCCA